CUAAUAAUUUUGUAGCAUAAUUUUUUGCAUUAUAGCGCGAGUACGAGUAUCGUAUAUUUUCAAAAGAAUUUUAAGGGGAUCAAAAUAAUUUUUCUCUCUUUUCAUAUUCCUUUUUAUUAUAUGAUCUAUCACCAUUCAAGAUUAAUAAGAUAGUAUCGAAAUUAACAAUGGUCUAUUACGCCGUUGCAAAGGGUAAGAAUGCCGGUGUCUAUUCUGACUGGCAAUCCUGUAAAGAUCAAGUGAGUGGUUACUCAGGAGCUCUGUAUAAGAAGUUUAAUACUGCUGCUGAAGCUAGUCAAUUUAUUAAUCUGGGAGGUCAUUCAAAUAGUAAUUCAUCUUAUACUCCAUCAAGUUCUUCAUCAUAUAGUGGCUCAUAUUCGAACUCAAGUUCAAACUCAUAUACUAAAUCAUCAACAUCAUCUUCAAGUACGCGUUCUUCAGGAGGUUCAUCUUCGUACAAUGAUUAUUCAAGCUCUUAUCUGGGUUCAUAUGGAGGUCUGUCAUAUUCAAAACCAUCUCAACCGAAACAGCAAAUUUAUGUCGAUGGAGCAUCUAGAGGUAAUGGUAGAGAAACUAUGCCAGAUUCUGGUUAUGGUGUUUGGUAUGGAGAUAAUCAUCCUAAAAAUGCAGCUGUUCCCUUAACCAAAGUUGACAACGUUAAGAUUAAUAAACCAACUAACCAAAGAGCUGAAUUAUUUGGUAUGGCUCAUGCUUUGAAAGAUAUUCAUCAAGAUUUAAAAACUGGAAGUAAAAAGGACUAUGAAAUCUUGACAGACUCAGCUUAUGCAAAAAAUAGUAUUGAAACAUGGUCUAAUAAUUGGGAAAAGAAUGGUUGGAAAAAUAGUCAAGGAAAACCUAUUGCAAAUAAAGAUAUAAUCGAAACUGCAAGAAAAGAGUAUCGUGCUAUAAAAUCUUAUGAAAAUAAGGAAUCAGGUAGCAUUGCAAUCACUCAUGUGAGAGGUCAUCAAGGUAAUGUUGGUAAUGAAAAUGCUGAUAGACUUGCUAAUCAAGGAGCUGAUGAAAUGUCUCUGCGCAAGUAAUCACAUUUCCUCAUUCGAAAUCAAUCAAUUCAAAGCAAGGUGGUAAUGUUAACUUCCUUUGAGUCCAGUCUAAUGAUAAUAUAUGUCUUAAUAAUUUAUGCUUAAAGCUUCAUAAAUGUAGAAUGAGCAUUUUAGUCUCGUAAACUAGGAUCUUUCACUCAUCUUUCUGCCCUAAAAUGGGA